CGAAGUGAUUCCCGCGUUGUGAAGAGUGUCAACCUGCAGCAAGAUGGCUUCCGAUGCAGAAUCCACCCACGACCAAACCAUCAUGGACCUGACGGCGACUCCGUGCGCCAUCUGUGGCCCGUCUACGCGCGACGAAGUGAUGGUCGGCUGUGACGGAUGCGCGGAAUGGUUCCACAUCCGUUGCGUCGGCAUCGAGGAGGGCAAACUGCCGAAGAAGUGGUACUGCCAAAGCAAGGCCUGUCAGGAGAAGGCCCAGGAGUACCAGCAGAAGCAGAAGGACGCCAAGAAGCAGGCUCGCACCCGGAAAAACGGCAACGAGUCUGACAAAUCCAGCGUCAGCUCUCGCCUAGCUUCGUCUAGCGUGGAAGCGAAGGUGCGAGCGCUAGAGGAGAAACAGAAGCGACAGUACGAGGAGAUGGAGGCGGAGCGGCUGCUGCAGAAAAAGGAAAGGGAGAUGCAGCGUGCGUUCGAACAGCGAAAGAUGGAAUUGGAGCUGCAGAUGCGCGCUGAGGAACAAGAAGAACAAAGGACAUGGCAAGCGGAGAUGCUCCAAAAGAAGAAGGAGCAGAUUCAGCGGCUGAAGGCGAACCGGGAGUCGUCGUUCGAGAUGCAAAUGGCGGCGAUGGAUGAGGAGUUAGCGGAACUUUCGCGUCGAAAGUCAAAGCCGGCGCUGAAAGUAGUCAAGGACGUUUCGCGAGCGGGUCCUUCCGGCAAAAUCAACAAAAACGUGUUGAAGCUGAGAAAGGCGAACGUGAAGAAGCUAACGCGAGACUACGAGAGCACCGACGGAGGAGACGAGGACGACGAAAUCUCCGACGAUUCCGAUCUGUCAACCCAGAGUUCGGAUUCUUCCAUGGAAGCCAGGGCGAGAAAAAGCGUUCCAAGGAAGACGUGCAAGAAAGUGGGAAGUGUCAGCCAAAACGGGCUGGGGAAGCAGCAGACCGGACCGACGAAGGCCCAGCUGGCCGCGAGGAUGGGGUUAACUUACAAACUCCCAAAAUUCUCCGGCAAACCAGCGCAAUGGCCAUUGUUCUAUGCGGCCUACAAAGUGUCCAACGAUGUCUGCGGCUACAUGAACCACGAGAACUUGAUGCGACUACAGGAAGCCCUGGAAGGCGACGCUCUCGAGCUAGUGUCCGGGCAGUUGCUACUUCCCGAAACCAUUCCGCAGGUCAUCGAGAAGCUGCGCCGGCACUUCGGCCGCCCGGAACAACUGCUUCAAUGCCUGCUGGACAAGGUGAACCGGCUGGAACCCCCGAGGCCGGACGAUCUGAGGAGUUUUGUUCCAUUCGGAAACACAGUGGAGCAACUCUGCGGCCAUCUGGAGGCAGCGGAUCUACGGCAACACCUCGUCAACCCGCUGCUGAUAAAGUCGUUGGUUGCCAAGCUGCCGGAUCGGGAAAAGCGUGAGUGGGUCCACUACCGGCGAGGUCGAGGGGAAACAACGUUGCGAACGCUGACGGAUUUCCUGAUGGACAUCGUGGAAGACGCCUGCGAAGCUAACGUUGACGUGGAGUUCAAUCCAACGCCGUCGCCCGAAUCAGAUUCCCAAUCCGAAGAGGAGAGUUCGAACGAGGCUGGACUAUACUGUCACUGCGAAGCCAGCAGUUCGACCUACAAUGCAAGUGAAGAGAGUAAGCUGAAACCGUGCAAGAUGUGCCAAUCCAAGGAUCAUCGUCUGCAGCACUGCGCGGAUUUCAAGAAGUUGCGGUACGAUGAGCGUUUGAAGCUGGUGACGCACGAGAAAUUGUGCCAUGUCUGCCUCAACGAGCAUGGCGGGCAGUGCAAAUUCGGAAUCCGUUGCAACAUCGGCGAUUGCAGAAAGUCCCACCACCCGCUCAUGCAUCCGGUCGGAAACACGGUCGGGCUGAGUGCACAAAUCCGGGCAAACUGCACGGUCUUGUUUCGGAUCGUUCCGGUACAGCUUCACUGCGGAGAUAAAACAGUUUCGGUGUUGGCAUUCCUGGACGAAGGAGCUUCCGUCACGCUGGUGGAGAAAAAGCUCGCCGACCGCCUGGGCGCGGUCGGAGUACAAGAGCGAUUGACCAUCCAGUGGACGGGAAACAUGUCGAGAGUGGAGGAUUCCCGAAGAAUAAGCCUUUGGGCGUCGGGAACAGAGGCUGCAGCCGGCGGCAAGAUGCUGUUGCACACUGUGCACACGGUGAAUAACUUGAUGCUGCCGCAUCAAAAGCUGGAUUCGAAGGAGCUUGCAGCACAGUACAAGUAUAUGCGAGGGCUGCCCAUCGAGUCAUACGAUGGACAGCCGCAGUUGCUGAUUGGGGCGAACAAUAUCCACGCGUUUGCGCCGAUAGAGACAAAGGUGGGUACGCCCAGGGAACCGAUUGCAGUGCGUACCAAACUGGGAUGGACUGUGUAUGGGCCGCGGCAGACAACCUCGGCGGCGGCCGGUAACUAUUUCGGCUACCAUCGGCAGAUAGCAAACGACGAUCUGCCGCCCGAGCUAUUCAAGAGCCAAUUUUCGUUGGAAGAAUCGGAGGUGGCAAUUCCACGGGGAAAGAAGAAAUGUGUCCUAAAAAUACGAGAGCGAACUACCCCACUUGCCGGCGAUCGCUGUGAUACCGACUUGCUGUCGAAAGCCCGCCCAGCACCGAGGAUGUUAGGCGUUCGACACUACAGACCUGGAAGAACCACAACGAACAUAGCGAUUCUCGUUCCGAACGCAAGAAGACAGAUUGAACAACACAAUAGGCGGGUUCGAAAUCCGAAAUCCGCUGGAAGCUCUACGGGGCCUACAAGAGGCGAAGCCAGCGACACCGGCGCAUUUGAACCGUGGCAUCCUGCAGAUGGUGAAGGAAAGAUUCCUAGGAGCGAUCUGAGACCCAAGUGGGGACCAGCGUUCUCGACGAGGCACCGCGGCGAGUUCUUGCCGUAUCUGUACAAGGGAAAGCGGUCGACGAGAAGGCUCGUGGCAAGUGGCGCAAAACCGGAGGAAGUCAAAAUCGAUCAGCGUAAAAAGUGUGGGGUGAUGUGCGCGCUCGAUGAGGGGCGCAAGUUGCCGAGUGGAAUCCUGUCAAUGACACUACCGGAGGCGGCUGGCAAUGGUUCGACGAUCAGCAACAGAUCGAAGAGUGUGAUUAUUCGUGGUCGACGGGAAAUCCCGGAAUUCUUGGAGAUAGAGCUUUAUCGUUGCGGUCAUCAAGGUCUCAGAUGGACGAGCUCGAUAGACCAACGGGAGGACGUAGAUGGUAAGGUGCAGAGACGAGACGUAGUAAAGUUUGCGGCGUUAGAAAGUAAGGUAAAUCCGGAAAUGCCGGAUGUUACGGGCUGGGGUGUUGCGACGCCGCUACUAAAUAAGAUUUUUUGAACCGGCCUAAUAAUGGAUCAGUCUAGCCGUAGCAUAACUGCAGCAUGACAGUUCGCAUGCGUGAUAGUAGUGGUAGGUGGAAUGAGAAAUACGUAGAUGAGAUGUGUGAUGCAGUAGAAGGAAAAAGAACCAAAACAGUUUCGCCAUCGUAAAAACACCCAAGUUGAUGCAGUUUGAAUUUAUUUGGAAUUAUAUUACAUUGAAGUGCGUUUAAUUUAGUUGAAACAUAGGAGUGCGGUGAAAUGCAAUAUCGGGAAAUUAUCCGUACCUCGAUCACAACCUGCAUACCGAUAAGUGUAGAAUCCUGAAACAAGGAAAAGUAGCCCAAAAAGCUACCGCGCGACUAAAUCACAUUCAUCCGUGCGACGAACACCGAUUAGGGUAACGGUCCCAAUUAUCAUCCAACGCGGUCGAAUCAUUCGGACAAGAAAUCGUAGUAGAGGAAACCACUUAAUUUUUAAGCAUCGCUGUAAAUAAAACGGCUGCUUUAAAAACCGGUUUCCCUCUCGGGAACAUUUGGUCCUUCGAG